AUGCCUCUUUCCACCAACGAACAGACAAACAAGACCGCUGAGGCCUUGGUGAAUACUUUGAAAGGUGCCUUUUCAACACCACCAGGCUUCAGACCAGCUCAUGCCAGAGGGAUCCUGAUCAACGGCACAUUCACACCCACGGCGGAAGCGGCAUCAUUGAGCUCAGCACCACACUUCAACAACGUUUCGACCCCUGUGAUCGUCCGAUUCUCUAAUUCAACAGGCAUUCCUCAAAUCCCAGACAAUGCAGGCGAUGCCAAUCCUCGCGGUAUGGCCGUCCGCUUCGUUCUUCCGGAUAAGAAUGGUCGUCGUCACCAUACGGACAUCGUCACUCAUUCGACACCAUUCUUCCCCGUUCGCACCGGCGAGGACUUUCUUGAAUUCUUGGGAGCCAUUGGUGCUUCAUCAGCCCCCGACGCCCCCCGGCCAUCCCCAAUCGAAGUUUACCUGGGAAAGACUCCCUCGGCCGCCGCAUUCGUGGGUGCUCCGAAACCAACACCCUCCAGUUUCGCCACGGAGAAAUACUUCGGCGUCAACGCUUUCCAGCUCAUCUCGUCCGACGGCAAAGGCACCUUUGUACGAUAUCGCAUUACCCCCGACGCGGGCGAAUCUCAUUUGACCGACGAAGAAGCGAAGACCAAAGACCCCGCGUUCCUGCACGACGAGAUCCAAACGCGUAUGAUCGACGGCGGCGCCUCAUUCACACUGUCCGCCCAGAUCGCUCAGGAAGGCGACACCACCAACGACGCCACUAUUCGAUGGCCCGAGGACCGCCAAAUCGUCAAACUCGGCACCAUCCAGCUCGAAUCCGUCACCGACGACAACGAUGAGAAGCAACGCACCAUGAUUUACGACCCGGUCCCGCGAGUCGAGGGCGUCGAAGCCGGUGAUGACCCGCUCAUUGAUAUGCGCGCCAGUAUUUACCUCAUUUCUGGCCGCCGGCGAAGAGCAGCAGGACCGCAUCAGUAA